AUGGAUGAGAAUCGUCAGUUCUGGAUCGAUAUCCAGUGUCAAACAUUUACAAAUUGGAUCAACCAACAGAUAGAAUUUCCUCAGAUCACUGACAUAUCAAAAGAUCUCGCCAAUGGAGUAGCUCUAAUACGUCUUAUUGAAGCCCUACAAGGAAGGAAAUAUUAUGGAAAGAUCUAUGAGGACGAUCCUACAGAAAUUCAGAUGCUGCUCAAUGUACAGAUGGCUUUGGACGCGCUUAGAGAAGAUGGCGUGAAAACUGUAAAUAUAGGUUCGCAGCAUAAUGCUAAGACGAUUUUAAUGUUGACCCAGGCGUCAAACAGUCUCGAAUUGCCUCCGUCUGCCUCUGAUGUAGUCUGCGCAGAAAUAUACGGUUGUAAGAAAAAUCGUAUGGAAAUUCCAGGAAGUCACGACGUAGUCGAAGGCAACACAAAACUUAUACUUGGUCUCAUAUGGUGCCUUAUACAGCGAUAUCAGAUCGCAUCUCGGAGUAAGAUUCCUCCGAAAAAGCUAGUCAUGGCUUGGAUCCAGUCAGUUGUUCCGGAGUUGAAGCUCACAAACUUUCGAACUAACUGGAACGAUGGAAGAGCACUAAGUGCUCUACUCGAAUAUUGCCAACCGGGAUUAUGCCCGGAGUGGAAAGGGUUGGACGCCGAACAAGGCCUUGCCAAUUGCGAAAAAGCACUCAAACUGGCCACUCAGUAUUUGGCCAUACCUCCCAUUAUCUCUGCAGCUCACCUUAACAGUCCACACUUGGACGAGCUGUCGUGUAUAACCUAUUUAUCUUAUUUCAUAAUGAGAGGAGCUUGCGGAUAUAGGGCUACUCUUUACAGAGUCCAACAACUCCUUCCUGAUAGCGUAGUUGAAGAUUUUGAGAUGUCAUGGUGUGACGGAUAUUUGUUGUCCUUACUGGUUGAAGCUGUUGGAGGACCGGCUAUUGACGUUGAACAGAUGAGAUUCGAUACGUUUGAAGAUUGCGUUGAAAACAUUAACAUUGGUAUCAUGGCCUUAGCGGCUGCCUUAUGUUCAGUUGGACCUCAACCGAAUUUUCCAACAACACAAUGUUUCAUAAAUCAGCAGGUCAACCUCGAUCUAGCGUUUGCUGAUGGUGGUGAAGUACGUGUAGAUGAACUCGGCGUACGUGGUGAGUCAGUAAUCUCUUUUUUUUUUGCCCCACCUGUAGAUUGA